CCGCCCUGCCGCCUGUGACGUUGCUUCCUCCCAAGAUGGCGGCCGUGUCUGUGUAAUGGAGGAGUUUGGCUUCUGGCUUCACCCUUGUCCCGGUUAGAGCCGUCAGAAUUCACCAGUCCCUCUGGCAGGCAGGCGGCUGUAGCUCCCUGCUGUUGUCCGGAUUAUCCUCCUCAGUCCCUCACCUUUGCUGUCCGUGCUCUUCCUGAGCGGUUAAAGAGGAGGAAGACGGAAUAAAUUAAUAAAAUUCGGAAAAUCCAGCAGGAGCGAGUGUGUGAGAGUACCUUAGGCCGCUUCGAGUCAGCUGCCCCGUCAUGUAUGAAGGGAAAAAGACGAAGAACAUGUUUCUCACUCGGGCGCUUGAGAAGAUUUUGGCUGAUAAGGAGGUGAAGAAGGCGCACCACUCUCAGCUGCGCAAAGCCUGUGAGGUGGCACUAGAGGAGAUAAAAUCAGAAACUGAGAAACAAAGCCCUCCCCAUUCAGAAGGAAAGGCUGUUUCUGGGACCUUGCCUCCAGUCAAGUCCAAGGCAAACUUUAUUGAAGCAGACAAAUAUUUUCUCCCUUUCGAAUUGGCAUGUCAAUCGAAAUGUCCCCGUAUAGUCAGCACAUCUCUUGACUGUUUACAGAAAUUAAUUGCUUAUGGACAUCUCACUGGCAAUGCCCCAGACAAUACAACACCUGGCAAGAAGUUAAUUGAUAGAAUCAUAGAGACAAUAUGUGGCUGUUUUCAAGGCCCUCAAACAGAUGAAGGUGUUCAACUGCAGAUAAUUAAGGCCUUGUUAACUGCAGUAACGUCUCAACAUAUAGAAAUACAUGAAGGAACUGUGUUACAGGCUGUUAGAACAUGCUACAAUAUUUACCUGGCCAGCAAAAACUUAAUAAACCAAACUACAGCCAAGGCAACACUAACUCAGAUGUUGAAUGUUAUAUUUGCACGAAUGGAAAACCAAGCACUGCAGGAAGUAAAACAGAUGGAAAAGGAGAGACUUCGGCAACAGCACCAGCUACAGCAACCCAGUGUGAACCAGUAUGAACCUGAAUCCCCACAACUGGGUCGUCUUGAGGAGCAGCCUAUUCCUGAGGUAGCACAGGUGUCUCAGUUGGAAUCAGGCCCCAUCAAUGAAGUGGACAAGCAUACUCAAGAGGAUACAGAGCCAGAAAAUGGAAUUGAUACUUGUAGCACAGAAAAUGAACAAACAGAAGUUGACCAGGCUACAGCAGCUAAAAGUUUUGCAAAAGGGAUUGCAGGCAGAAGUGAUGGGGAGGGUCUUGAAUUUGAGGAUAAUGUACAUGAAAUUGUACAGAACAUUCUACAAGAGUUGGUGUCCACUGUUGUUGGAGGACCUCUCCCUACCACACAUCUGGGAGGAUGGGGCGAUGUGGGCUGUGGACCUCCCCACUACCAUCCUCAAUGCUGCUGUGAUUGGCCUGUAAAAAGUGCAAUUGAAGGAGAGAAGCCAGGUGGGAAUGGUUCGCCUGAAAGUGCUACUGGUCCCCUAGAAGAUGAAACUGUGGCAGUGAAUGACGCAGACAAUGUUCAUUCUAAUGGAGUUCCAGGGACUCCAAUCUCUGUGUCAUAUACCCCAUCAUUGACUGAUGACAGAUUGUCAGUUUCAUCCAGUGACACUCAGGAAUGUGGAACCACUCCAGGAGGUGGUUCCAAUGCCAAGUUCUCUCACAUUCUGCAGAAGGAUGCUUUUCUGGUUUUUCGAUCAUUAUGCAAACUUUCCAUGAAGCCACUUUCUGAUGGUCCCCCUGAUCCAAAGUCUCACGAAUUACGCUCCAAGAUCCUUUCACUACAGCUUCUUCUAUCAAUUCUGCAAAAUGCCGGACCAAUUUUUCGAACUAAUGAAAUGUUUAUCAAUGCAAUAAAACAGUACCUUUGUGUGGCUUUGUCAAAAAAUGGUGUCUCCUCAGUGCCAGAAGUGUUUGAAUUAUCACUUUCUAUCUUUCUCACUCUAUUAUCAAACUUCAAGACACAUCUUAAGAUGCAAAUAGAGGUAUUUUUCAAGGAAAUCUUUCUUUAUAUUUUGGAAACAUCGACAAGUUCGUUUGAUCACAAAUGGAUGGUAAUUCAGACUCUGACCAGAAUCUGUGCAGAUGCUCAAAGUGUAGUGGACAUUUAUGUAAAUUACGAUUGCGACUUGAAUGCUGCUAACAUCUUUGAAAGAUUGGUGAAUGACUUGUCAAAGAUAGCCCAAGGUCGAGGUGGUCAUGAGCUGGGAAUGACACCUGUGCAGGAGCUCAGUCUUAGGAAGAAAGGCUUGGAGUGCUUGGUCUCAAUUUUGAAGUGUAUGGUGGAAUGGAGUAAGGAUCUGUAUGUAAAUCCAAACUCUCAGACUAGCCUUGGCCAAGAAAAGACUUCAGAACAAGACAACAAUGAAAAUAAGUAUCCUGACACAAUAAACCGAUACGGGAGCAUAAAUUCCUUGGAUUCCACAGCAUCAUCAGGGAUUGGCAGCUAUAGCACUCAGACAUCUGGUGCAGACAACCCAGAACAAUAUGAAGUUUUGAAGCAGCAGAAAGAAAUCAUAGAACAAGGAAUUGAACUAUUUAACAAGAAGCCAAAAAGAGGGCUACAGUACCUACAGGAACAAGGAAUGCUUGGGACUACACCUGAUGAUAUUGCUCAAUUUCUACAUCAAGAAGAACGAUUAGACACAACACAAGUAGGUGAAUAUGUAGGAGAUAAUGACAAGUUUAAUAAGGAGGUCAUGUAUGCCUAUGUGGAUCAGUUGGACUUUUCCUCAAAGGAUUUUGUCUCCGCUCUCCGUAUGUUUCUGGAGGGUUUCCGUCUCCCAGGAGAAGCUCAGAAAAUUGAUCGAUUAAUGGAAAAAUUUGCUGCCAGAUAUCUGGAAUGUAACCAAGGGCAAACACUUUUUGCCAGUGCAGAUACAGCAUAUGUUUUGGCAUAUUCUAUCAUAAUGCUGACAACAGAUCUUCACAGCUCACAGGUUAAGAAUAAAAUGACAAAAGACCAGUAUAUUAAGAUGAAUAGAGGCAUCAAUGACAGCAAAGAUCUACCUGAAGAAUAUCUGUCAGCUAUCUAUGAUGAAAUAGCAGGAAAGAAAAUUUCAAUGAAGGAAACGAAAGAGCUUGCAAUCAAGUCUUCCAAACAAAAUGUAGCCAGUGAGAAACAACGAAGACUUUUAUAUAACCUAGAGAUGGAGCAAAUGGCGAAAACUGCCAAAGCCCUCAUGGAGGCUGUAAGCCAUGUGCAGGCACCUUUUACCAGUGCUACACACUUGGAUCAUGUUAGGCCAAUGUUUAAAUUGGCUUGGACACCAUUUCUGGCAGCUUUCAGUGUCGGUUUACAAGAUUGUGAUGAUACAGAGGUGGCUUUCCUUUGCCUGGAGGGCAUACGGUGUGCUAUCCGGACUGCAUGCAUUUUCAAUAUUCAGCUCGAAAGAGAUGCCUAUGUGCAGGCCCUGGCACGAUUUACUUUAUUAACGGCCAGUUCUGGCAUUACUGAAAUGAAGCAGAAGAACAUAGAUACCAUCAAAACACUUAUCACGGUGGCUCACACAGAUGGGAAUUACCUUGGGACCUCCUGGCAUGAGAUCUUAAAAUGCAUCAGUCAGCUGGAACUGGCCCAGUUAAUAGGGACUGGAGUAAAAGCACGUUAUAUUUCUGGAACAGUUAGAGGUCGGGAAGGAUCAGUUUCUGGAUCCAGAGACCAAACAGCUGAUGAAUUUUUAAGUUUGGGCCUGGGCACUCUUGUCGGUGGGACUGUGGACCGAAAGCAAAUAGCCAGUAUCCAGGAAUCUAUUGGUGAGACGAGCUCUCAGAGUGUUGUUGUUGCAGUUGACCGAAUUUUCACAGGAUCUACAAGACUUGAUGGAAAUGCUAUUGUUGAUUUCGUACGCUGGCUUUGUGCUGUUUCCAUGGAUGAGUUAGCCUCACCAACACAUCCACGAAUGUUCAGUCUACAAAAGAUAGUUGAGAUAUCUUAUUACAACAUGGGGAGAAUAAGGCUACAAUGGUCCAGAAUAUGGGAGGUCAUUGGAGACCAUUUCAAUAAGGUUGGCUGUAAUCCCAAUGAAGAUGUUGCCAUUUUUGCAGUAGACUCUCUGAGGCAGUUAUCAAUGAAAUUCUUAGAGAAAGGAGAACUUGCUAACUUCAGGUUUCAGAAGGAUUUCUUGAGACCAUUUGAACACAUAAUGAAAAAGAACAGAUCACCAACAAUCCGAGAUAUGGUGGUUCGGUGUAUAGCUCAGAUGGUUAACUCACAGGCUGGCAAUAUUCGUUCUGGGUGGAAGAAUAUUUUCUCUGUCUUUCACCUGGCAGCCUCCGAUCAAGAUGAAAGUAUCGUGGAACUAGCAUUUCAAACCACGGGACACAUUGUCAUGAAUGUAUUUGCAAAGUAUUUUCCAGCAACAAUAGAUUCCUUUCAAGAUGCAGUGAAAUGUUUGUCAGAAUUUGCCUGCAAUGCUGCUUUUCCUGAUACAAGUAUGGAAGCAAUCCGCCUCAUUCGUCAUUGUGCAAAAUAUGUUUCAGAGAAACCACAGGCAUUCAAAGAAUACACCAGUGAUGAUAUGAAUGUAGCUGCUGAAGAUAGAGUUUGGGUGAGAGGAUGGUUUCCGAUUCUGUUCGAGCUGUCAUGCAUAAUUAACAGAUGCAAAUUAGAUGUAAGAACUCGGGGAUUAACUGUGAUGUUUGAAAUAAUGAAAACUUAUGGUCAUACUUUUGAGAAGCACUGGUGGCAAGAUCUCUUCAGGAUUGUUUUCAGGAUCUUUGACAAUAUGAAACUUCCAGAACAGCAGACUGAGAAAGCUGAGUGGAUGACCACCACUUGUAACCAUGCACUUUAUGCUAUUUGUGACGUAUUCACGCAGUACUUUGAAGUACUCAAUGACAUCCUCUUGGAUGAUAUAUUUGCACAGUUAUAUUGGUGUGUACAGCAAGAUAAUGAACAGCUAGCUCGAUCUGGUACUAAUUGUCUGGAGAAUGUUGUCAUUCUCAAUGGGGAAAAGUUUUUGCCAGAAACUUGGGACAAAACGUGCAACUGUAUGUUGGACAUCUUCAAGACUACAAUUCCUCAUGCAUUGUUAUCAUGGCGACCCUCUCACUCUGAAAGUGAUUCUUCUUUACAUGCUGAUGCUGGAGAAAAACAGUUGGAUGCCAUUUCUCAAAAGUCAGUUGACAUUCUGAGUAAAGGUGAUGACCAACAGUCUGUCACCAGUGCAGAGAGGAAUCUUUCAGAUUGGCAGCAGAGCCAGUUUAGUCUAAUAUCCAAUUCUAGUGAUGAUGCUGCUAAAGCUAAGACACCGUCAAAACUGUCAGAGCAGAAACUGUUUGCUGCACUUCUCAUUAAAUGUGUUGUCCAACUCGAGUUAAUUCAGACAAUCGAUAACAUUGUGUUCUUUCCUGCAACCAGCAAAAAGGAAGAUGCUGAGAACUUGGCUGCAGCUCAGAGAGAUGCAAUCAAUAUUGAUGUGCAUGUUGAAAAACAAGAUCAGGGAAUGUAUCGCUACCUAACUUCAAAACAGCUUUUCAAGCUCCUAGACUGCUUACUUGAGUCUCAUCGAUUUGCCAAGUCCUUCAACUCUAACAAUGAACAGAGGACCGCAUUAUGGAAAGCAGGGUUCAAAGGUAAAUCAAAGCCGAAUCUUUUGAAACAAGAAACCAGUAGUGUUGCUUGUGGCCUGCGUAUUUUAUUUCGAAUGUACACAGAUAAAAACCGUCGUGAUGCUUGGGUGGAAGUUCAGCAACGAUUACUAAAUGUUUGCAGUGAAGCUCUCAGCUACUUCCUGACACUUACCUCAGAGAGUCACCGGGAGGCCUGGACCAAUCUUCUUCUUCUUUUUUUAACUAAAGUCCUCAAAAUAAAUGAUGAAAGGUUCAAGGCCCAUGCAUCGAAGUACUACCCCCUUUUGUGUGAAAUUAUGCAAUUUAAUCUGAUUCCAGAAUUGAGAGCUGUUCUACGCAAAUUUUAUCUCCGCAUUGGUGUAGUCUUUAAAAUAUCUCAUCCUUCAGAUCAAGAGCCUGGAUCCAACAAGCUGCAAUGACGACUCAGGUCUUGGCUAAGGCAUUCUGUUUAUAAAUCGGAAAAGGACUAGGCUGCAGUUGGUUACUUUGACUCACUCACUCACUCCUGCCUCGAUCCUUUCUUGAUCUUUUUGUAAAGGAUGGUGCUUUAAUUCUGUUGGUUUGUAACCUGCCUAAAAGAUGCAGAUGACUGAGCUGUAAUAUUAGUUUAAAAUGCUCUCUUUCGUUGAAUUAGUUAUGCGAAUGAUUCAAGGUAAUGAUUAAAUGCUGACACGUGCUGAGCAUGGAAUCAGCAUUUUGUGGUUUGGUCACUGUUUGAAAUGCAGUUUAGUGUGGAGAACACUGACUCGAACACAAAUGUGGACAGGAUGCAGUGCAUAUUGUAAAGUAGAGAAAAUAUUUAAAUGAGUACUGUAGUUUAAACUUCUGGGCAGAAGAAUUUGGCACCAAUAUGCUAUAAGGGGAAUCUAAUCGUGUAGCAUCUUACAGGCAGGUUGGAAGAUAACUAAAUUACAAUUGUUACAGAUACUAGCAAAGAUCAGUUGAACAUUGUUCAGUAACUAUUUUAUUGUUUGCACAGCUGAUGACCAUUAAAAUUACAAUGACCAUCCUUCUGUGAAUCUGUUGUACAGAAAUAUAAAUCUGUAAAGUAUAUUAACACUAUGUAAUUCUUACACAAUGGGUUUCUUUUAUUGCAGUAUUUUAUGUUGAUUUUCUCCGGUUACAGCUAUUUUAUUGUUCAUUGUGUGCACUGGGUUGUUUUGCUUUUGACUUUGUGAUUUAUUUUAAACUUACUUUAAUGUUGCUUGUGCAGUUGUAAUGGAAGCUGGGGUGUGUGGACAAUUAUUAGAGGGAAGAGGCACUAAGAUUGUUGUGUUCAUGUAAUUAGCAGAAUGGUUACCCUGUCAAUAAAGGUAGGUUUUCCCCUAACUGUAUAAUACAGACUAGGGCGUGUUAUUUAAAAAAAAAAAUGGAUUGACCUUAUCAACUGGAACUUGAAUCACUGCAGGUUGAUCUGAGGUGCAUUUACACUGACAUAAAACUGUCUCCAUGUUUGAUGUAGGUUCUACUGUCUGUGUAUAAAAUUUGAUGUUAAAUUAAAUAUAUUGAAUAAUGAAUCAGUUUAGGGUUGGGAUGAUGACAUAUACUGAAAUCUAAUUAUUAAGAAGCUGUGAAAUGGGCUUUAAUUAAAAAAACGGACAGAGUUCCAAGCAUUCCUAGUCACUGUGGAUGUAGAAAAUAAAUAUUUGGAGAAGGUUAAAAUGUAUAUGGUACAGACAUGUAAAGUUUUCUAUGUAAAAAAUGUACAACUUUCUGUACAAUAUUGGUUAUCAUCUGGCAUAUUCUAAUCAGGUCAUGGCUCAAUAAAGUUU